UCCCUUCGACUGUAAUCAGCAGUUUGGUCAGGGGGCACCAUAUAAAAGAAGGAGCAAGUCUGUGUGAGACAUAACUCAAUCAGCUGGCAUCACCUCAUUUCACCUUCAUUCUCUGGUGCUUAUUUUUUUUUUAUCACAUUGGGUUGAAAAUGAAGACGGUCCUUCUAUGUUUGUGUUUGGCCAGCACUGCCUGUGCUCUGCCUUUUCAGUACUUGCCGCAUUACACAGGGUCUAGACCACGGGUACCAGGGGCACAGAUAAAAGCACCUUUCACAACUGGUUUCCCACAACCUGGAGUCCCAGGGGCCUAUAGUGUGGAAUUUCUUUACCCAUAUAGAUUUGGUGCUGGUGCAUCUGGAACAAACCAAGCACAGACUGUUCCUCAAUAUGGUUUCAUCAAGUACUCCAUUCCUCAGCCACCUGGUAGACAGAGUGUUGAAGUUUUCUACCCAUUUGACUUCACUCAAAACAGGAUCAUGCAGAACACUCCUGCAAUGACAAAUGGUCCGAUUGGGCAAGAUUUAACCCCAUAUGGAUUUCCUCCUCAAACCAUUCCCCAGCAGCCUGUAAAUAUGCCAGCCUUUGAUGUGAAUGCACAUCCCUCCCAGGAUCCCCUGCAGCAACUGCAGCAGGACCAACCUGUGCAAACAAGCCAAGCACCUGCGAAAGUGUGAACGACUGAACUAUCGUCUGCUCCUCAACAUUUUAAACACUGAUCUUUGGUUAUGAAAUCAAGAAGUUACCCUAAUGUAACUCUUUAGAACAUUAGUAAAAACAUUAUGACAGGGUAUAAUGCGUAGAUAUCUGAAAAAGCUUUAUCAUUGUCUUUAGAUUUCCAAUAACAAUAGUUGUCUAAGUAUUAUUGAGACCCAGCAUGCUGUUUUCACAGUACUUGCAUUAUUUCCUUUGUUUUCUCCCAUUAUGGUUUUCUUUUUGAAAUAAAGAAUUUUAAGCAAAUCC